GUCUUCUGUCGCGGGGUUAUGACGUCACUGCGUUGGUUAUGACGUUUUUAAGAGAGCGGCGCCGUUUCAGACUGGAAUGGGAGCUAGCAAUUUUUCCCAUAUUUUGAUAGUUUAAUCCGUGAAUGGCGCCGAAACAGGACCCGAAACCUAAAUUUCAAGAAGGUGAAAGAGUGCUGUGUUUUCAUGGGCCAUUGCUCUACGAAGCUAAGUGUGUCAAGACAAACAUCAAGGAAAAACAAAUCAAAUACUUUAUUCAUUACAGUGGUUGGAAUAAGAACUGGGACGAAUGGGUUCCUGAAAGCAGAGUGCUUAAGUAUGUGGACAGUAAUCUGCAGAAACAGAAAGAGCUUCAGAGGGCCAAUCAAGACCAUUAUGUAGAAGGAAGAAUGAGGGGAGCUGCGCCAAAUAAGAAGAUACCUGCUCCGCCGCAGAAAAAUGAUCUGAAAACCAAAAAGAACAAACAAAAGAUUCCGUAUGCUUCUGAUGGUGCAGCUCCUGGUGCAGGAGAAGGUACAAGUUCAGGAGGAGACCCAACCCAUCCUCCACGAAAGAAGAGGGCACGCGUUGACCCAACUGUUGAAAGUGAGGAGACCUUCAUAAAUCGAGUGGAGGUUAAAGUAAAAAUCCCAGAGGAGCUGAAACCAUGGCUUGUGGAUGACUGGGACCUGAUUACACGGCAAAAACAGCUUUUCCAUCUACCUGCCAAAAAGAACGUUGAUGCAGUUCUUGAAGAUUAUGCAAAUUACAAGAAAUCAAGAGGAAACUCUGACAGCAAGGAGUUUGCUGUGAACGAGGUGGUUGCUGGUAUCAAGGAAUAUUUCAGUGUCAUGCUGGGGACACAACUUCUCUACAAAUUUGAGAGGCCGCAGUACGCAGACAUCCUGGCCAACCACCCGGAUACAUCCAUGUCUCAAAUCUACGGCGCCCCUCACCUACUCAGACUCUUUGUGAGAAUUGGAGCUAUGCUGGCGUACACUCCUCUUGAUGAGAAGAGCCUUGCACUGCUGCUCAGUUAUCUACAAGACUUCCUUAAGUAUCUUGUAAAGAACUCUGCAUCGCUCUUCAACGCAAGUGACUAUGAAGUUGCCCCUCCAGAAUACCACCGCAAGGCAGUUUAAGGUUUUUCAUUUCAGGAUCUGAAGCCUUUUGUGUGUUGAAGCUCGGAAACAACAUUCUUACCUGUCGAAAGGAUUUGAUUUCACAAAAAGCCUUUUGGAGAACGGAUUGUGCGAGAUCUGUUGAUUUAUUACGGAAGAAAAAUCAGAGCGAGAUGUCACACUAAUCCCUGGACAAAUUCAUUUUCUUUCAUGUGGAAAGCUGCUGAGUACGCUCUUCCUGUAUUGGUAUGUUUUUAAGUACCACUUUUUAGUUUCUAUGAUACUUGUUUUUGUCCGGUGGUUUACCGAGAUCUUUUGAAAAGGAAUUUCAUCAUGAUUAUUUUUUUGUUUCCUGUCUUGGUUCAGAUGCUGGCUAAAUUUGUCUUGUAGGCUGUCAUCAUUUUCUAAUAAAAACCUCA